AUGAAGUACCGCGUCGCCGUCGUCGGCGGCGGCCCGUCGGGCGCGUGCGCCGCGGAGAUCUGCGCGCAGGAGCCCAACAUCGAGACCUACAUCAUCGAGCGCAAGUUCGACAACGCCAAGCCCUGCGGCGGCGCCAUCCCCCUCUGCAUGGUCGACGAGUUCGACCUGCCCGCGGACAUCAUCGACCGCAAGGUCCGGAAGAUGAAGAUGAUCUCGCCGAGCAACCGCGAGGUCGACAUCGGCAAGACGCUCAAGGAGGACGAGUACAUCGGCAUGUGCCGCCGCGAGGUCAUGGACGGCUACCUCCGCGACCGCGCCGUCGAGUACGGCGCCAUCCCCAUCAACGCGCUCGUGACGAAGAUCGACACGCCCGCGGACUCGGACAGCCAGGGCCGCUACACGAUCCACUACAGCCGCAACGACCUCGGCCGCAAGGCCCCCGAGGAGUCCCUCGACGUCGACGUCAUCAUCGGCGCCGACGGCGCCAAUUCGCGCGUCGCCAAGGCCAUCGACGCGGGCGAGUACAACUUCGCCAUCGCCUUCCAGGAGCGCAUCAAGAUCGACGACGAGAAGAUGGCCUUCUACGACGAGCUCGCGGAGAUGUACGUCGGCGACGACGUGUCCCCCGACUUUUACGGGUGGGUCUUCCCCAAGUACGACCACGUCGGCGUCGGCACGGGCACGGUCAUCAACCGGCCGGGUAUCAAGAUGUACCAGGACGCGAUCCGCGAGCGCGCGGGCGACAAGAUCGCCGGCGGCAAGAUCAUCAAGGUCGAGGCCCACCCCAUCCCCGAGCACUACCGCCCGCGCCGCGUCAAGAACCGCGCCAUGUUGGUGGGGGACGCCGCGGGCUACGUGACCAAGUGCUCCGGCGAGGGCAUCUACUUCGCGGCCAAGAGCGGCCGCAUGGCCGCGGAGGCCGUCGUCAAGCUCAUGAAGGGCGGCACGGUGCUCCCCACCGAGGAGGGCAUCACCGCGGAGUACAUCAAGCCCUACGACGGCCUCUACGGCCCGACGUACACGGUCCUCGACAUCCUCCAGAAGGUCUUCUACACGAACAACGCGGCCCGCGAGGCCUUCGUCGACAUGUGCCAGUCCGAGUACGUCCAGGACGUCACCUUCCAGUCCUACCUCUACAAGCGGCUCGUGACGCCCAACCCCGUCGAGGACAUCAAGCUCCUCUUCGGCACCGUCGGCUCGCUCCUCCGCGGCCGCGCGAUCGCGACGCCCGACAAGCCCUUCUCGAACCCCGUCGAAUCCCUCAAGCGCCUCUAG